AUGGGAGCGAAUUCUAUUCCGACGGACGCAACCAUUGAUCUUGAUGAACAGAUCUCGCAGCUUAUGCAGUGCAAGCCUCUCUCUGAGCAACAGGUUAGAGCAUUAUGCGAGAAGGCAAAGGAGAUCUUAAUGGAUGAAAGCAACGUUCAGCCUGUGAAAAGCCCUGUGACAAUCUGUGGUGAUAUUCAUGGACAGUUUCAUGAUCUUGCAGAGCUUUUCCGUAUUGGAGGAAUGUGCCCUGAUACCAAUUACCUGUUUAUGGGAGACUAUGUGGACCGUGGUUAUUAUUCCGUUGAAACUGUUACGCUGUUAGUCGCCUUAAAGAUGCGAUAUCCUCAGCGAAUCACUAUUCUUAGAGGAAACCAUGAAAGUCGUCAGAUUACUCAAGUUUAUGGAUUUUAUGAUGAAUGUCUGCGAAAGUAUGGCAACGCAAAUGUUUGGAAAAUCUUUACCGACCUCUUCGACUAUUUCCCAUUGACAGCCUUGGUUGAGUCAGAAAUAUUUUGUCUGCAUGGUGGAUUGUCUCCAUCUAUCGAGACCCUUGACAAUAUAAGGAAUUUUGAUCGAGUUCAAGAAGUACCCCAUGAAGGGCCAAUGUGUGACUUAUUAUGGUCUGAUCCUGAUGACCGCUGUGGGUGGGGUAUCUCUCCUCGUGGUGCUGGAUAUACAUUUGGUCAGGACAUAUCCGAACAGUUCAAUCACACAAAUAACUUAAAGCUGAUCGCCCGUGCCCAUCAGCUGGUUAUGGAUGGAUACAAUUGGGCUCAUGAGCAAAAGGUGGUAACUAUCUUCAGUGCACCAAACUAUUGUUACCGAUGUGGGAACAUGGCUUCGAUUCUUGAGGUUGAUGACUGCAGGAACCACACCUUCAUUCAGUUUGAACCCGCACCAAGGAGAGGAGAACCAGACGUAACCCGAAGAACACCAGACUAUUUCCUGUGA